CUAAAGUGAAAUACACACGCAGUGACAUAAAUGCAUAAAAUGUGUUUAUUCUAAAGUAAAAUUUUGUAGUUCAUAUUUUAUAAUUUUAAUUCACGUCUAAGAAAACAUAAUAAUGAACUCAUUAAGAAACAAAUUAUCAAAUCGGAAAUUAAUGCAAAAUGGAUUUGCACAAUUACAAUCGUAUUCAUCGACAGCUUCGACAACAAAUAUCCAAGUUCCAAAUAGAAAAGAGCGAGGUCCUACGGAUAUAUUAAUGGCUCUGGAAAGUACUAUUAAGAGAGAUCCUACAGCUGCUCAUUAUAAAUUCAUAGAUGAUCCUUACUUAAUACCUGCAUCAAAUAACGAUAAAAGAUCAUUUGCUCUGUCAAGAGAGGCAGGAAGAAAAGCUGCAAUGUGGAUUCGACAAGAACAUGCAGAAUUUUUUGAUCAUAAAAUUGCUGAACCCUUUAUCGAGUCUUAUGCCCCACGUGCUGUUUACACAGAAAAGAGUCAAGUCUCUGAGGAAAUACUAUUGAAUAGUAUAAAAUCUGGUUAUGUCACGGAUUCAAUUACAAUAUUCAACUUACUAGAUCGCAAUGUCAAAAUAGAAACUAAAUUAGCUCUUUUUGAAUUAUUAUGUUUUUAUAAUUCAACUGAUCCAAUUAAUAAGGAAUACGUUGAGGAACGAUGGUUUUCUUUUAAUAGAGACAUCAAACAUGAUUCGAGUUAUUGGACAGAAUGCUCAGAUAAAAUUCAUUUGUUUAAAUGUUUAAAAGAAGAAAAAGGAGAAAUGGAAGUGGCAGCUUACAAUACCAUAAUAACUGGUCUUGCAAAACAUAAUAGUUUACUCAAAGCUUGGGAUUUAUAUGAAGAAUGCUUGGAAAAAAAUAUUCCACUAAUGAAAAGAACCUAUGAUCAUUUAAUAAAAGCAAUUGUAGUUACAAAACAUAUGGAUAAUGAUCGUAUUAUUUUACUGAAAUCAAUUUACAAGCAAAUGGUGGAGAAAAAUUUACGUCCUGAUGUUAAAACUUUAAAUGCCAGUUUACAAAUGCUAUCAAUGUUCAAAAUGGCACAAAGAAAAAAUAUCGUUUCAACCAUUUUCAAUGAAUUCAAAAACAUAAAUGUAAAACCAUCUCUAGGAUCGUAUUACCAUAUUCUUAAAUGUUUCUAUAAAAGAAAUAACCAAUUAGAAAGUGUUCUGAAUGAAAUACUAAAUGUAUUAGAAGAUGAAAAAUCGCUGGAAGUUCAAUGCCCAGAAGAUAAAUUAUUUUUCCACAUAGCCAUGCAAAGUGCCUAUCACGCAAGAUCUUUAAUUCUUGCCAAAAGAAUCCACGAUCUUCUUAUAAAAGACAAUAAUUACUCAUUCCUCAGUGACAAUUAUCAGGAGGGCAUCUACUAUAAACAUUAUUUAUUACUUCAUCUAGAAGCACUGACUUUUCAAUCAUUUAUGGAAAUCUAUGAAGAAAUGACGCCAAAUAUUUACACACCCGAUCAGGAUUUAUUUAAAGAAAUUCUCAGCGUUAUGAAAGAAACAGAACCAAGUAUCAUUACUGAUGCAUUACAAAUUGUAUGCUCUCAAGGAAUAUUACUCGAUUACGUGAAAAACGAUGAAAUUCUCGAUCAAAUACUCGAUCUCUUGGUUAAUCAUUGUAAACCAUCGAUUGAUGAUUCACCAUUGAAUAAAAUUUUUGCCAAAAAUGCUUGGACUUUUUGGACCGAUUCACAGGAUUAUAAAUUGAAAUCUGACAAGGGUUAUACUUGUGAAGCUAGUGUUUUGGAAAAAAUAGCAGUUCUCUGCUUACGAGGCGAAGAAUUUGAUCAAAUGCUAGAAGUAUUAUCUACAUUGGUGAAUAACAAGACUAUGGUACUCGGAUCAAUGACUGCUGAAGCGAUGAAGGAAAUAUUUGACGCUUGUUUGACUAAUGGCCAUUGCGAAGCUGUUUUGAGUUUAAUCGAGUACGCAGUCGAGUUUGGCAUGGACGAGGGAACGGCAAUGGGCUUGAGAGCUUAUAAAACUUUGUCUCUCUCAGUGGCUCAAGAAAAUCGACUUCAAGCUUUGGUUGGUAAGGAUAUACGAAAACUACAAGCAUACGAAAAUAAAUCGUCAUAAUAAAAAAACACAGUAUUCUACUCAGUAGAAUUUAAACAGUAGAUUUUGUAAUUGCAUUUGUAAAUAAAUAGAAUAUGAGACAA